AUGACUGUUAUGAAGAGAUCUGACAGAGACAGGGUUAUGGAGAGAUCUGACUUGGACUGGGCUAUGAAGAGAUCUCAUAGAGACUGGGUUAUGAAGAGAUCUGGCAGAGACUGGGAUGUGGAGGGGUCUCAGAGAGACUUGGAUAUGGAGAGAUCUCAGAGAGACCGGGUUAUUGAGAGAUCUGACAGGGACUGGGAUAUGGAGGGAUCUCAGAGAGACUGGGAUAUGGAGGGAUCUCAGACAGACUGGGUUAUGAAGAGAUCUCAUAGAGACUGGAUUAUGGAGAGAUCUCAGAGUGACUGGGUUAUGGAGAGAUCUGACAGAGACUGGGAUAUGGAGAGAUCUGACAGAGACUGGGAUAUGGAGAGAUCUGGCACAGACUGGGUUAUGGAGAUAUCUAAGAGAGACCGGCUUAUGGAGAGAUCUCAGAGAGACUGGGAUGUGGAGAGAUCUCAUAGAGACCGGGUUAUGGAGAGAUCUCAGAGAGACUGGGUUAUGGAGAGAUCUAAGAGAGACUGGGUUAUGGAGAAAUCUAAGAGAGACCGGGUUAUGGAGAGAUCUAAGAGAGACCGGCUUAUGGAGAGAUCUGAGAGAGACUGGGAUGUGGAGAGAUCUCAGAGAGACUGGGUUAUGGAUAGAUCUAAGAGAGACCGGCUUAUGGAGAGAUCUGAGAGAGACUGGGAUGUGGAGAGAUCUCAGAGAGACUGGGUUAUGGAUAGAUCUCAUAGAGACUGGGUUAUGGAUAGAUCUCAGAGUGACUGGGUUAUGGAGAGAUCUGGCAGAGACUGGGUUAUGGAGAGAUCUAAGAGAGACUGGGUUAUGGAAAGAUCUAAGAGAGACUGGGUUAUGGAGAGAUCUCAGAGAGACCGGGUUAUGGAGAGAUCUGACAGAGACUGGGUUAUGGAGAGAUCUCAGAGAGACUGGGUUAUGGAUAGAUCUCAUAGAGACCGGGUUAUGGAGAGAUCUAAGAGAGACCGGCUUAUGGAGAGAUCUGAGAGAGACUGGGAUGUGGAGAGAUCUCAGAGAGACUGGGUUAUGGAUAGAUCUCAUAGAGACUGGAUUAUGGAGAGAUCUCAGAGUGACUGGGUUAUGGAGAGAUCUGGCAGAGACUGGGUUAUGGAGAGAUCUAAGAGAGACUGGGUUAUGGAAAGAUCUAAGAGAGACUGGGUUAUGGAGAGAUCUCAGAGAGACUGGGUUAUGGAUAGAUCUCAUAGAGACUGGGUUAUGGAGAGAUCUCAGAGAGACUGGGUUAUGGAGAGAUCUAAGAGAGACCGGCUAAUGGAGAGAUCUCAGAGAGACUGGGAUGUGGAGAGAUCUCAACGAGACUGGGUUAUGGAGAGAUCUCAGAGAGACCGGGUUAUUGAGAGAUCUGACAGGGACUGGGAUAUGGAGAGAUCUCAGAGAGACUGGGAUAUGGAGAGAUCUGGCACAGACUGGGUUAUGGAGAUAUCUAAGAGAGACUGGAAUAUGGACAGAUCUAAGAGAGACCGGCUUAUGGAGAGAUCUCAGAGAGACUGGGAUGUGGAGAGAUCUCAGAGAGACCGGGUUAUGAAGAGAUCUCAGAGAGACUUGGUUAUGGAGAGAUCUAAGAGAGACUGGGUUAUGGAGAGAUCUAAGAGAGACCGGCUUAUGGAGAGAUCUCAGAGAGACUGGGAUGUGGAGAGAUCUAAACGAGACCGGGUUAUGGAGAGAUCUCAGAGAGACCGGGUUAUUGAGAGAUCUGACAGGGACUGGGAUAUGGAGAGAUCUCAGAGAGACUGGGAUAUGGAGAGAUCUGGCACAGACUGGGUUAUGGAGAGAUCUCAGGGAGACUUGGUUAUGGAAAGAUCUCAGCGAGACUUGGAUAUGGAGAGAUCUGGCACAGACCGAGUUAUGGAGAGAUCUCAGAAAGACUGGGUUAUGGAGAUAUCUCAGAGAGUCUGGGCUAUGGAGAUAUCUCAGAGAGUCUGGGCUAUGGAGAUAUCUCAGAGAGACUGGGCUAUGGAGAUAUCUCAGAGAGUCUGGGAUAUGGUUGGAGAGUGUGGGAGACGAAGAGAUCUGACAAAAACUCGGUUAUGA